AUGACGACCCUGCUGGAGAUCAAGAGCAGCGUGCUGCGACAGGUGCAGGCGUGCCCCACCUUCCGCCGGAGGGCCGAGGGAGAGCCGGCCGCCACCAGCGCUGACCCCCCGGAGCCGGCCGCAGGGGCUUGGAAGCCCGGGGACGGCGUGGAGUUCUUCGCGCACAUGCGCCUCAUUCUGAAGAAGGGGGAGGGCAGACAGGGCCUGCCGUGCCCCGAGGUCCUCUUGCGCAGCGGUUCGCCAGCCCCUGCUGAGCCCGUGGACCCCAGCCGUGGCCUGAGAGCCCUGACCCAGGAGGAGGUGGAGAUGCUCUAUGAGGAGGCCUUGUACACAGUCCUCUACCGUGCAGGGACCAUGGGUCCUGACCAGGUGGAUGACCAGGAGACCCUACUGGGCUACCUUCAGCAGGUGUUUGGUACCAGCCCUGAGGAGCACGCCGAGGCCAUUGAGCGUGUGAAGAAGGCCAAGGCCCCCACGUAUGCCCUGAAAGUCUCUGUCAUGCGUGCCAAGAACCUGCUGGCCAAAGACCCCAAUGGCUUCAGUGACCCGUACUGCAUGCUGGGUAUCCUGCCGGCCUCGGGUGCCCCCCGGGAGCCAGGGCCGCGCACGGAGCAGCGCUUCGGCUUCCGCAAAGGCAGCAAGCGUGGGGGUCCGCUCCCGGCCAAGUGCAUCCAGGUCACCGAGGUCAAGAGCAGCACCCUGAACCCCGUCUGGAAGGAGAACUUUGUCUUUGAGAUCGAGGAUGUCCGCGCGGACCAGCUGCACCUGGAUAUCUGGGACCAUGACGAUGAUGUGUCUCUCGUGGAAGCAUGCAGGAAGCUGAAUGAAGUCAUCGGCCUGAAGGGCAUGAGCAGGUAUUUUAAACAGAUUGUCAAGUCGGCCCGUGCAAAUGGGACAGCAGGGCCCGCGGAGGACCACACAGAUGACUUCCUGGGGUGUCUCAACAUACCCGUCCGGGAGGUGCCCGUGGCGGGUGAAGACCGCUGGUUCAAGCUGGAACCACGCUCCAGCGCCUCCCGCGUUCAAGGAGACUGCCAGCUGGUCCUCAAGCUGAUCACCACACAGAGGGACACGGGCAUGAGCCAGCGCGGGCGGGCGGGCUUCCUGUCCUACAUGCUGCUGCUCAGUCGUCUCCUGCAGUUCGAGCACCGAUCCGAGGAGCCCAAGGCGAGCUGCUGGCGGGGAGAGCUCAGCGGGCCCGCGGCCACGAUCCUCUGCCUGCACGGCGCGCAAAACAACCUGUCGGCGCUGCAGCUGGCUGUGCUGCACUGGCAGGUCAGCAGCCGCCACCAUCAGACCCGGACCCUGGACUACGGCUACCUGCUGGGGCUGCUGGAGGACAUGCAGGCGCAUUGGGAAGAGGCGUCUUCGCUGCCCCAAGGGCAGGAGGAGAGCCUGGCCGACAGCUUCAAUGCCUUCUCCGAGUUUGGGCUGCGGCUGCUGCGUCAGCUUCGAGACUUCUUCCCCGCCACCAACAGCACUGCCGUCUACCGUCUGGAGCUGCUGCUCAAGUGUCUCAGCAAGAUGCAGAUCUUCCAGCCUUCCUUUGAGGUGUGCUCCUUCCGGACAGAACUAAACGCGGACAUCUCUGCUGCUCUGAAGAGAGGCAACCGUGAGUGGUAUGACAGGCUCCUGAACACCAAGAGUCCUCGAGAGCAGUCGGGGCCGCAGCGCCUCGCCGGGCUGGUCGAGCUGGCGGACGCCGUCUACGAGGAUCUGCAGUCCUGCUACGGCAUCUACGCCAGCCUCUUCCACAGCAUCACCGACAUCGACUUCUUCACACUCACUUUCCGGCAGCUGGAGCGUCUGGUGGCCGAGGAGGCGUGGGUGCUGACGGAGGAGCUGAGCCCCAAGAUGACCCUCGAGGUGGCCUCAGGGCUCUUCGAACUGUACGUGACCCUGGCGGACAUCCGGCGUUUCUGGAGCAGCAUCUCCGGCCGCGACAGCCGCUCCCUCGCCCUGGCUGGCAUCCAUGGCCCGUUCCUGCCCGCCGUGAAGCUUUGGCUGCAGGUGCUGCGGGACCAGGUCAGGCGGAGGCUGCAGGGAGCCGUGGAUGUGGACACGCUGGAGCCCAUGGACGCCUCCUCCAAGCACAGCAGUUCUGCGGCCACGGCUAGUCUCUGCUUCAGUCACAUCCAGGAGCUGUGGGCCCGCCUGGCAUGGCCGGACCCUGCCCAGGCCGAGGCCCUGGGCACCCAGCUCAGCCAGGACCUGUGUGCGGCCACCCUCUUCUACACUGAGCUGCUGCGGAAGAAGGUGGACGCUCAGCCGGGGGCCGCGGGCGAGACACUGAGCGAGCCACUCUGUGUGGUUCUCAACAACGUGGAGCUCCUGCGCAAGGCUGCCGGGCAGACGCUGCGGGGUCUGGCGUGGCCGGAGGUGACCUCGGGGCCCGAGGGGGUGCUCCCGCGCCCUCUGCUCGGCUGUGCACAGGCCCUGGACGAAGACCUGCAGCAGGAGGUCCACACCGUGACGGCGCACCUGACCUCCAAGAUGGUGGCUGACAUCAGGAAGUACGUGCAGCACAUCAGCCUGUCGCCCGACUCCAUCCAGAACGAUGAAGCCGUGGCCCCGCUCAUGAAGUACUUGGAUGAGAAGCUGGCCCUGCUGAAUACCUCCCUGGUGAAGGAGAACCUUAGCAGGUACAGCUUGGGGCGGUUGGGCCGGGCCGGGGCCUGGGGUCCCUUCACGGGCACGGGCACGGGCACGGGCACGGAGUGUCCCUGCAGGGUGCUGGAGGCCCUCUGGGAGCUGCUCCUGCAGGCCAUCCUUCGGGCACUGGGGGCAAACCUCGACGUCUCUGCCGAUUUCUACGGCCGCUUCCACUUUACGCUGGAGGCCCUGGUGAGUUUUUUCCACGCGGAGGGCCAGGGUCUGCCCCUGGAGAGCCUGAAAGACGGAAGCUACAAGAGGCUGGAGGAGGAGCUGCGCCUGCAUCAGUGCUCCACCCGCGAGUGCAUCGAGCAGUACUACCUGGACAAGCUCAAGCAGGUAGCGAGGCCCCGUGUGCGCACGCGCAGUGUGGGCACGCGGCCCCGCCCCCGAACCCCCGCGCCGCGGUCACUGGCGCAAGCCCUUCCGCAGAGGUCCCUGGAGCAGAAGCGGUUCGGACGCCUGAGCGUGCGCUGUCACUACGAGGCAGCGGAGCAGCGGCUGGUGGUGGAGGUGCUGCACGCCGCGGACCUGCCGCCGCUGGACGCCAACGGCCUGAGUGACCCGUUUGUGAUCGUGGAGCUGGGCCCGCCACACCUCUUCCCGCUGGUCCGCAGCCAGAGGACCCAGGUGAAGAACCGGACGCUGCACCCCGUGUACGACGAGCUCUUCUACUUCUCUGUGCCGGCAGAGGCGUGCCGCCGCCGCGGUGCCUGCGUGCUGUUCACCGUCAUGGACCACGACUGGCUGUCCACCAACGACUUCGCGGGGGAGGCAGCCCUCGGCCUGGGCGGCGUCGGUGGCAUAGCACGACCUCAGGUGGGAGGGAGCGCGAGGGCCAGGCAGCCCGUCACCUUGCAUCUGCGCCGGCCCAGGGCCCAGGUGAAGUCGGCACUGAGGAUGCUGGAGGGCCGCACCAACAAGGAGGCGCAGGAAUUUGUCAAGAGACUCAAGGAGCUGGAGAAGUGCAUGGAAGCGGACCCCUGAGCCCCCGCCCGCCCCCCGCCCCCAGUCCUGCCCCGCAUCAGCUUUGUGCAGUGGGGCUCAUGCUCCCCCGUGUGGUGUGCGUGCUGCCCCCGCCGUGUCUGUGUGGUGUGUACCGUGAACCCCUUGCGUCCAGUGAGCAGCCCCCACCCUGGAUCUGGGGGUAACUCGCGGGGCCUGGCCACCCGGCAAGCUUCUCUAUCUGCAACCUUAGCUUGUGCAGCCCGCGCUGGGUUCCCGGAGGGGUGGCUCUGCUCCCCAGGAGACAUCAGGCUACGUCUGGAGGCGUUUUCGGUGCUCACGGUACUACUGAAGGAGGUGCCACGGCACCCAUGGCGAGACCGAGGACGCUGCUGGAAGUCCUGCGGUAAACGUGACAGCGCCCUCCGCCCAGCAAGGAACAGCCCGCCCCAAACGUUACCAGUGCCACAGCCCUUCUCUGAGGAAGCAUGGUCUUCGCUUUGUGGGGUGGGGAGUGUGGCAGGGCCUCGCGGGCCAACAGGAGGGAUGGCCCAGGUUUGAGUCUGGACAACCUCAGCUGUGGUGGGAAACCGCUCCCAGGUGUCCUGGUGGAGGGACAAAGUGAGCGUCUGGGACCCUUCACCCUCACCCGAGGGCACACACAGAGGUUUGCUAAGCAGCGCCCGGGUCUCCCCCCACCUGGCUCCUAGGCCUGGGGGAGGGUGCCCCCAUGUCACCGUGAGGCCGGGACCUCAUGCAAGGUCGAUCGGUCAGGGUGAGGGGCCCCACGUCGGCCACUCAGCUGUGCACUUACCGUCCCUCCGUGUGCGCACACGCGUGCCCAUGCAAGAUGGGCCCCAAGCCCGGCACCCCACCGUCCAGCGGCCCAGACCCUUCCCGUCCGACUCGGCCUCGCUGGAGACUGAGAGUCCCCUCCCCCCCAUCCCCACGGCAAGUGCAAAGAAACAGGCUCACGCCGGGGUCUCCUGGCUCGCAGCUUCACUGGGAGGGCUCGAAGGCCCCAGAGCACAGCUGUGUCAGAACCGCGGGGACACAGUCCAGGGCACUCGGUGUUGAGAGGGCUGACGCUGCCAGCCUGUCUGUAUCCCCACAAAUCCUGCCGCUCCCUCUUGAGUUUCUUAUUGCUCCGCCUCAAAAAAUAUACGUGUCUGCAACCUUUA